CCCGGCUUCCUCCCCACCCCUUCCUUCUCCUGCCUCCCGCUGUUUCUGCGGGCGUUGGCGCGGAGCAGCCGGGCACGGCGCUGCCCCGGCCUCGCGCCCUCCCCUCGCCCGCCACCAUGUCCAAAGUGACGGCGGCGGCGGCGGAAAGUUGCGGCUCGGCGCCGUGCGAGGACUUGUCCAAGGUGUCCGACGAGGAGCUGCUCCAGUGGAGCAAGGAGGAGCUGGUGCGCAGCCUGCGCCGCGCCGAGGCCGAGAAGAUGAGCGCGAUGCUGGACCACAGCAACCUCAUCCGCGAGGUGAACCGCCGCCUCCAGCUGCACCUCGGCGAGAUCCGCGGCCUCAAGGACAUAAAUCAGAAGCUGCAAGAAGACAACCAGGAGUUGCGAGACCUUUGUUGCUUUCUGGAYGAUGACAGGCAGAAAGGCAAGAAGGUGUCCCGUGAGUGGCAGAGACUGGGCAGGUACAGUGCCAGCAUUGUGCACAAGGAGGUCGCCUUGUACCUGCAGAAGCUGAAAGAACUGGAAGUGAGACAAGAAGAAGUGGUGAAAGAGAACCUGGAGCUCAAGGAGCUGUGUGUGUUGCUGGAUGAGGAGAAGAGCGGCGGGGCGGGCAGCCGCAGCUCCAUCGACAGCCAGAUCAGCCUGUGCCAGCUGGCUGCCCCGAGCGCCUACAUCAGGGAUGUGGGCGAUGGGAGCAGUACUUCUAGCACUGGAAGCACAGACAGUCCAGACCACCACAAACACCAUCCGAGCACGAGUCCGGAGCAUCUUCAAAAACACAGGGCUGAAGGAAGCCCUGAGCAUCAGAAACACAGGAGUAUCAGCCCAGAGCACCUCCAGAAGCCUAGGGGUUCUGGCAGUCCCGACCAUCACCUGAAAGGACCAAGUCCAGAGCAUCACAAAACCAUUAUCAAAGCACCUGAGCAACAAAAGCACAGCAGUAGCAGUCCAGAAACUCUCCCAAAGCACAUUUUGAGUAGUAGCCCUGAACACUUUCAAAAGCACAGGCCUGGUAGUAGCCCUGAGCAUCAAAAGCACAGCGGUGGCAGCCCAGAUCAUCUUCAAAAGCACACACCGAGUGGAAGCACAGAACAUCUCCACAAAGUGAGGGGAACAAGCCCUGAGCAUCUCAAGCAGCAUUUUGGAGGGAGCCCAGAGCAUCUCAAACAUCUCAGUGGAGGCAGCAGAGAAGGUACCCUCAGGAGACAAGUAACAGAUGACCUGUCACCUCACCACAGAAGUAUAUACAAUGGAAUGAAUGAAUCAACCUUGUCCUAUGUUAGGCAGCUGGAGGCCAGAGUAAGACAGCUGGAGGAGGAAAAUCGCAUGCWACCCCAGGAUCCCAAUAGGAUGCCAGCAGGGGCGGAGGGGAGUUACUGCUCUCCAAACGAGCCAUCUAACAUCACUGGACAUGGCUCAACUUCUCAGCAGUCUGAAUCAGUGGUAAAUGCUCUUAAGGUUGUGUGGAGGAAACUUGGAGAUGCUGCAGGGUCGUGCCCUGGAAUUAGACAACAUUUGUCAGGAAAUCAAUAUAAAGGACCUAUGUAAAAGGACCUGAGCAAGUCCCCUCUCUGAGGAGAAAGAGCUUGACCUGCCGGUGAGAGAUAAGAAAGAAGCGACUGUAUCCACAGUGACUUUCCAUCCGACAAGGGGUUGUCUACAUGCACUGCAGGAGACUUGGUUGGGAGCUAGGAGAGAUUCUACAUGGAGAUCUUUCAGAUGAGAUAGGUUUUUCCGUGUCCCUCGUAUACUGCUCUUUCAGUAUACUGACCAGUGACCCACGCCGUCAUUGAAACACUCCGCAUUUAGAAGCAUUGAGGUAGUCCCAUUCCUAUCGGGAUUGACUGGGAUUCCGCGGGAGUUACAUGAAAUAAAUUAUUAUUUUGGAUAGUUACAGUGAAUCUCCGGUAAGUCUGGAUGAAUUUUCCAUCAGAUUUAACUAAAAUUCUUCACCAGACUGGCGAGACCUCGAUAAGCUGUGCCUUUGGUCUCCACAGUUCUGAGAAAGUCCCUUGCUUAGUAACAUACUCUUCAGUCUGUAAAGUAUCCGUUAAUGGUGCUUAGGCAAUUUCCAGCUGAAUUUUUUGUUUUAUUAGAAUAUUUGCAWUUUGAGGUGCUAAAAGACCAUAAAGUCUCCUAACAAGCCAGUAGUGUAGCAAAACUACAGUACUUGUAGUAAAACAUAGUUUCUUUCUAAAUGAAAGUGAAAUUAGCUUUCUUUUCAAUUCAUUUUGAUACAAAUCUUCUGAAGACAUGUAAGAGAUUCACAACCCUUUAAUGAACAAAAUAUUACCUUAAUAAAGGUCUCCAAUCUGAAUUUCCACCAAAGUUUUUUUUU